AUGUACACGAGCGCCCACAACAACGACCCAGAGCAACGCGAGACUGACACCACACACUUCAACUACAACAACGAGGAGCAGCAGCAGCAGCACGCCCAGCAUGGCUACUCUUACAACGACGACGACGACGAUGAUGACCGGCACGCCGAGCGCGGCGCCGGGCUUUCGGGCGCCAAUGGCGACGUGUCGGCCUUUCGCCUUGAUGGAGACGAGGCCGACGGCGAUGACGACGGCGAGAUGGGGGGAGAAGAGGAGGAGCGGGGAUGGAAGAGGAAGCCAAAGAGGGCACAGAAGAGGGCUGUUGCCAAGGAGCUAAAGAGGAAGGAGAGGAGGGCAGGAGAUCAGGAGGGAGACGAGGACGAUGGAGACGAUGAGGAGCGCGACGAGGAGAGUGGCAUUCAGAGCGGGCCACUGAUGGGACUGCCGCUCGAGACGCUGGCGCGCAUCUUUGCGCACCUCGACCCCGUCUCGCUCGCUCGGUGCGCGGCCGUGUGCCAGACGUUUGCGGCCGUGGCGCGCGACGAUGCGACGUGGCGCCAGGCCUUUUCCGUCCACUUCCACAUCGAGCGCAGGGCGAGCGGGCUGGGUGGUGGCGACGACACCACGACGACGACGACGCCUGUCCUGAGGCGCCUCGACGCCAGCUCGUGGAAGCAAGAGUACACGAAGCGCACCGAGCUGCUCCGGCAGUGGCGCAAGGCCAAGUCGCCCACCGUCAUCUCCGACGCCCGCGUCUCGACGAUCGAUGCCGUCGCCGUCAGCCUGCCGCACCACUUUAUGCUCUCGGCCUCGCUGACGUACGGUGUCGCCUCGCGCUGCGACCCAUUCACGGGUAAAGUCGCCAAGGGCUUCGUCGAUGCCGCGGGACAGGUCAACGGCGCCGGCUUUGGACCCAUGGCCGUCGACCCCAGCCUCGACAUCUCGUCCGUCGCCCUCGAGUCGGACGCGAGCCGCAUCGUGUGGGGCUUCCACAGCGGCCAGGUCGGCAUGACCGUCCUGCAGAAGCAGGGCACCAACCCACGGGGCGCCAUCAAGGCCACGCGCUUCUCCGACCGCGGGUGCCACGCCGGACCGGUGCUCGAUAUCGCCUUGCCGUUUGGCACGGGCCGCGGCGGCGCGCACAGCAUCGAGCGCAAGCCCGAGAGGCUCAAGCAGCGCCAGGCCGCCCUUGGCGAGGUUGCAGAGACCUUUGUCACCGCCGGCCUCGACGGCACGGUGCGUCUGUGGAGCCCCCGGCGCUCCCUGCCCGUUUGGACAGCCCUGGCCCUGCCCAAGAGGGAAGGUCCGCACAGACCGACGCCCGUCGUCUGCGUCGACUACGACGUCGGCUCAGGGUCCAUCGCAGCAGGCACGUCCGAGGGCGAUGUCGUCGUGUGGACCGCAAUCGACGUCGACGCCCUGCUCCGUCUGCCUGCGACGGCCUGGGACCACGUCCUCGUCGCCUCCUCCCAGGACGACGAGGUGCCCUCGGUCGUCCAGGCUCGUGCGACGCUGCAGCGCAUACAGAGCAGCGUCGUCAAGGUCAUGCUGGGUCGCACACGGUCUGCUGCACCCAGUGGCGCCACCAAGGCCAUCUCCCAGCUCAUUCUCGACGUCGACCCGUCUGCUGAGUCGGCCCUGGUGAGGCUGCUCGUGCUCGGUAAGGGGGCUCAUGCGUUUGAGCGCAUCGACAUUAGCUUCAACCAAGCUGUCGUCAGCGGAGGCGCCCACGACGUCCAGCGAGCCAUCUUUGAGAACCCAGCCGAGAGCGAAGUGACGAGCCUCCGUCCCGACUUUGAUCUCGCACCCCGUCGAACGCCGCGCAGCUUUGCCACACCCACGAGCCCCUCGCUUGGACAGGCGAGCAGCGGCGCCAACCACCACCACCUCGUCCUGGGUCCGUCGCCUGACUCGAGCCCGUCGCCCGAGGCGGCUCUGUUUGCCGAGCGCAAGUACGUCUGCGCCGGCACAAAGAACGGCCGCGUGGUGUUUUGGGACUGGCGCAACCGGCUGGGCGACGACGAGACAUUCGUGCCGGCCUCGCUGUCCCUCGAUGCCCACCACACCAGCAUCACGGCCCUCGACCUGACCGAACACGUCGUCAUCGUCGGCUGCUCCGACGGCACCAUCAAGGCCUUUUGCCCGCUCACGGGCAGCCUCGUCCGCACCUUCAACGACCGCACCGCCACGCGCCACCCGGCGCGCAUGCUCGCCGCCGGCGAGCUAUCCGACGACGAGGCCUCGCGCUUCGUCGUCACGAGCCUCGUCGCGGGCACAGAGACGGUCGUGGCCGCCAUUGGCGCCCAGGUCCUGGCGUGGCGCGCCGAAAAGGUCAAGAGCAGCGGCGGCAACAAGCGCGGACCGCGGUCUUCCUCGGGCACACCCAAGCUCGGCGCACGCACGGCAUCGGGCAGGCACUGGCAGAGCCAGCGGGAGAUGGAGCACGACGUAUACGAGACAAAGGCUCAGCUGCAGGCUGAGCAGGAGAGCAGACAGGCAAGCUAUGAGCGGUACAGGUAUGCCGUCGGCCCACCGGAGAUUGGUGGGCUCAGCGAGCAGGAGGCGUUUGAGUACGCCAUGAUGCUCAGCAGGGACGAGGAGGAGGCCAGGCGAAGGCAGGGCGCCGCCGCGGGCACGAGCGCCUUUCCGCGCCGGCUCGCCGAGAACGUCGGCAAGGGCAAGCAGAGGUCCGACGCGCAGGAGGAAGAGGAGGGGCCCAUCGACUGGGAGCUCGAGGAUGCGCUCGAGCAGAUUGCGCUGGCAGAGAGCCGGCCUCGGACGCGGCAGACGUCAGACGAGGAAGGCGAUGCUGCCGCCGCUGGUCACAAUAGCACCACCUCACCGUCGCCCUCGCCCUCGCCCAUGUCUUCACCUCCGCUCGGCGGCAUUUCCACACCCUCGCGCGCCUGGGACAUUCUCAACAAUGCCGGCAGCCUCGCCCGUGCGUCACAGCAGGGCGAGGAGCGGUGGCGGCCAAACAACAAGGUCAGGACGGUCAACGUGCCCAGAGCAGCGCGGCUUUCCUCUGGCGCGGCCGCUUCAUUGUCGUCGAUGGAAAACGGACCUUUGGGAGGAUCAUCAUCAUCAUCAUCAUUGCGCAGAGGCAGUCACACCGGGGCGAACAAUGUUAACUGGAGUAGCCCGACUGACUUUCCCGCCUUUUCCUCGCCCUCGGGACCGGCCUCACUGGCUGCCUCACCCGGCGCUGGGAUGGGCGCGGGCAGUCUACCCGGCUCACACCCGCGCCCGCAGGGCGCCUGGGCUCAGGGUUCGCCCGCGCUCCGACCGGCCGCCUCUUCCUUUUCCUCGUCGUCGGCCGGCCUCUCGGCGAGCAGGCCGUCCUUUUCGCCCCUUCCUCCACCCAAGUCCCCUGUUGGUGGGCAGCAAGGUAAUCCAUCUCCACCGCCCGCACGACCCUCAGAGGCGAUGGACGACGACCUGAGAUUCGCCAUUGAGCUCAGCCUCGCGGAAGCACGGUCAAAGUCAUGA